GAUACUACAGCCUGACUUCCGGUUAAAUAGAAGACAACGGCUAGCGUUGCCUAAAUCAAUUUAUGACCGCCAUAAAAUGUUUUGCAAUUACUGAAUUGAGUCUAUGUUUUUAUUGAAUUUUUAAUAAUGCAGCAUAUAACACCAAAGGUAAUACAGCACUCUGUCGUGCCCACUAGUGUCACUCUGGCUGACCGCGGUGCACUACCAGGGACAAUAAAGCCACUGGUCCCGGAGGUAUGAUGAAUUAAUUAUUACAAAUAAUAAUAUUAAUAUGAAAUUUUUAGUUUAAGGUCUAACUAAAUAAUAGAGCCUACUAAAAAAGAAAAGGCAUCUACAAUUUUUAAAAAUUAGUUUCAAUUUCAACAAUUAAUAUGUAAAUCUGCUAGUUUUCAAUUUUAAUAAAUAAUACAGUUUUAAGUUUUAGUAACUUAAAAUUUACUUACUUAAUCUUAAUAGUAAUUGCCAAUCCUACACUUCAGAGUCUGUUUUGAAAAAAAACAUGUUCUUUCAGGUUUAAGUCCUGAAACUGAGGUGCUAUUUAAAGGGUUAUUAUUUUACUAAUGAGAUAAAAUGUAUUUAUUCAUUUUAGUUUUAGCACAUAUUAGGGGUGUGCCGGAUUCCGGUCCGGAAUCCGGUUCCGCCGGAUUUUGCACUAUCCGGUGAGAUCCGGUUCCGCCAGAUUUACAUGUAUCCGGAACAACCGGAUUCCGGAAUCCGGAAUAUACCGGAUUUCGGAAUUUGCCAGAUUUUGUGACUCACCGGAUCAUAAUCUGAAGUAAAAGUAAUUCUCUUUCCCGAAUUCCACACGAUCACGAUACAUUAAUCGAUUGUUUCGAGCGUUGAGCUUGUUUAAUGUUUAAUAUUCCGUACAUACCAGAGGCUAGAGUCAGCACCGCUAAUAGUGGCCAAUUUGUAAAAAUAAACCAAUGGCAUUGUUGAAAAGAUGUAAUUUUUUAAAGAAUUAUAACACCAAAAUCAUAUAUUUAGCUGUUGUAGUUUUAAAGUUAUGAAUUUUGGUUUGUCAUUUUUUAACAUGGACUGCAUCUCCACAUUCUGUGAUCUCAUUCCGCCAAUCCCGUCAUGCGCAAUGACUAUAUAGUUUAUAUAAGGCAACGCAUUCCCUGCCUUAUCACUAAAAUACUGUUUAGACUUAGUUUAAACUUUCAACUUUGGCACAUGAAUAAUUAAUUAAAGCUUUCCCUGACCAAUGGUUUAAUAGUUUUUGCACACGGCAAACUCUUAUGAAUGAAACUCUGAGGUAGUACUACGAUACAGUUAUGCAAGUGGCUGUGAAUGGUUGCCAAUGACAACGUGUUGCACACGGUAAAUUCUGAUCAUUUAUAAUAUGGAUUCUACCGGGUUGUUAAAGCUCAAAUUAAAACAUUCCAGUUUAAAUGUCUUUAAAUGCAUUCUGAAACACAAGUUAUCAAUUAUUUUGAUGUAAAUAGUGAUAAUAAAUUAAUAUUUCCUAAGUAUCGUCAACUUCCGCCAUUAAAAAGGGGGGCGUGGCCAACCCCAUGGCGAAAUUAGGUUGAGCGAGCUGCAUGACCUGCUGCGAACGCGUAGAAACAUGGCGUCUCUCGUAAGACACUUAUCCAAAUGGAACGGAACUCAAAUAUAUAUCGAAAGUACUAAUUUAAUAAUAAAUAGACACACACAUCGGAAAAUUAAAAACUCGGAUUUUUUGGCGCCGAUUGCGAAUUCCCAUACACAAAAAGUAGUAGUCCACCUUGACUUACCGAAGUAUCUACCAAUAGUACCGGAAUCCGGGAGAAACCGGAAUCCGGAUCCGGCGGAUUUCGCAUAAGAAAAUCCGGAUCCGGAUCCGGUUGGAAAAAAACGGAUCCGGCACACCCCUAGCACAUAUAUAUAAGUAAUCCAAGACCAGGCAAAGUUUUUAAAAUAGAAAAAUUUUAACUAAUUUGGUUUUAAUAAUUUUUUUAAUAGAACAAUUUAAUUUUAAAUAAUUUAAUGUAUGAAAAUCAUAAAGAAAACUGAGUUUGAGUUUAUGCAUAAUUCUCCCCCAAGGUAACACAGAAUGUUUUGAAAAUUUCAUCUCAAUGAAAAUGGUUGCGGAAAAUGAACUCGCGCAAAUAUGAAUGGAAAAGAUCACAACUUGUGAGGCUUGUGCUGAACUGUCUUUUCAGUUUGCGCAUUGCCGCAACCUCAUAUUUUCAACAUUCUUUGACAAAACUUUAUUGAUGGACCACAACAGAGUGUUGGUAGAUUUUGUUUCUGAUCUGGUUUAUGGUUACAUAAGCCACCCAUCCAUCCGAUACACUAAGGGUGCCUGGAAGGAUAUAUCUCUAAAUAAGCACUCCUGUUAAGUUAUCACACUUCAGUGUGGCACUUCAAUAAGAAAACAGCGCCCACCCUCUUUUUUUCUAUGCCCCAGAAAACCCAAUGGACCUCUCUCCACUGUCCUAUUAGCGGACAUCAGUAAAAUAAAAUCUUUUUAAUGUACUUAAAACCGGAAUAGCUUGAUUUUAAAAUAACCAACGCUGGAGUGGUAGAUUACAGCACUCAACUGGGCUGGGUUGAGGCGAGUUGAGCCCUAGUAAUAACUGAGGUUUCCAAGGCAAGGACUCAGCUGGGUUAUUUUGGCAGUGUGUUUGAGCAAUAAAUGUGACACUUCCUGUUUCUGCCCUUUGGUAUCAUUGCCAUCAGAUUACAACUUAAGCUAAUCUUUAAAGAAAAUAUUGAAAUAUUUAAAUUAAUAAGAGUUCUUAUCAGUCUUUAAUUUUGGGUGCACAAUAUGUAAACAAACAUGGAACAGAGACUAGUGAGGAAAGGGCACAAUCAUGGGUAAUCCACAGGUCUUCCAACACCAUACAUUUUUUAAACCAGUCACAUUUACUGUUUUUAUUUUGAAUCUUUGUGUUUCUAUAUUUAUUCUAGGAGCAAGGUAGCGGUUAUAUUGCAGACAAGCUUGUUAAAGCUGAGAAAAGGAUACAGGCUUAUCCUUAUGAUACAGAAGCAUGGAGUAUUUUGAUUAGAGAUGCACAGGUAUUUUCAUAACUAAGAAUAUUAAAUUGCAUAGGCAUAGAUUAAUAUUUCAUAUUAUUUUUUGAUGACUCUCCUAUAACAUGUUUCUAUUUUAUAAAAUAUAUAUUUUGCAAAGAUUACAUCUAUAAAAGAAAGCUUUUCAUUCUUUUGACAUGAUGAUAUUAAUUAAACGCAUCUAGCUUUUAUUAUUCUAAACUGUUUUGUUAAUUGUUAAGUAAUUUUAUCUGAGGCCAUCCUAAAAAUCAAUGAUGGUCAUUUUAGUUUCAGAAAUCUGAUGAAUUAAACUUUAAAAAAAAGUAAAAUAUAGAAAUAGAAACAAAUAUGUGCCUGUGUUUUUAUGGCCAGAGGUCAUACAGCUAAAUUCCUGUGUACCGGUAUACAACAGUUUGCCAGUGGUAGAGGAAAAGUAUGUGGAAAGCACUGGCUUUGUUAGCUGGUGGAAGAAGCCAAAGCUGCAUACAAAUGAAAAUUGAAGUUUCACUCUCAUACUAACCGGUACUUGUAUGAUUUUGGUAUACAAUGUACGAUUUUGAGAUGUCUUUUAGGAUUGUAUGCCUAGACCUGUCAGAACUAUGAUUUUAAUAGACCGGGUUGAAAAUAUUCACAUUCUGAUAGUUUUUCUGAUUUCAAAUAUAAUAAUAAUAAAUGAAAAGUUCAUUUUCAGUGUUUAGUUUUAACUUGCAUUUGCAUUCCACAUCCAGCAGUGAAUGUAUUAAGAAAUACGAUUGGUUGGGGACCAUCUAUAAUUACAUUAUGUUUGCCUUGAGAGUGGAGGGGCAUGGUGUUGAUUUAAGAGAUUGUUUGUGGGGGGGGGGGUAUAUUCCAAAUAUUUACUUCUAUACAAAUUAACAUAUUUUCGUAAUGGGUGGGGGGUGUGUUGGUAGAAAGUAAUUACGUUAUUAAAAAAGCUACAAUAUUCAUCCAGAAACUCUGAUAGUAGUGAUAGUCCAAAAAUAGCAUGAAUGCUGUAAAAAAAUAUCAGUGUUUUGUACGAAUUAUCGUCAUAAUGUUGCCAUGUAUUUUCACAAAUGAACUUGUUAGAUAUACUCUGAUAGUACUAAGAAGUAGAAAUAUCAGAGUAAUAUAUAGUCCACCUUAUGUUCAAUUUGCAUGUGACAUAUAUUUUUGUUGGGCUAUGCCAUUGCUUCUAACAUUUUCAUUUCCCAUUGCCAUGCCAUAGUCAGGUUUUCACCAGGCUCUCUGCAUUAAAUUCUAACAAGUACACUUUGACGUAAGGAGUACAUAAAAUGAAAUAAAGGGUUGGGUAAAAGUUAAUAUAACAUGUAUGUAGCUUGCUAACUGCCAUCUAGUUACUGCAAACAGUAGUUACUCAAGUGAGUUACUGUUUGCACCACUAUUGAAAGUUGUUACAUUGGAUGAAAAAUGGAAAUAAAAUUAUGAAAAUUUUGUAAUAUUUCAAAAGGAAGCCUCAGCAACUCUUGUAGAAAAAUGUGCACUCUCACCUGUUGUGCGGGCCAGUAAAAGGAUUAUUUUUAGUGCCCCUUGUCUUUGUGAAGUAAAUGGGAUUUUAUAGUUUAAUUCACUAUUAAGAUCCUUGAGAUAAAGAUGACUUGGGGCCUGUUGCUUUUCAUCCCAUUCUCGUGGCCUGGCACGAGGGCAACAAGCCCCCAGGGCGAUGCAGAUUAUAUUCUGGUAACCACUGGUCACACCGAACAGCCAGAAAACCUGUGUCACAUUUUGCUUAGUAAUGUAACAUCAUAAAUAAAUAAAGAUUAUUGGAUGGGGGCUGUUUUUUUUUGGGUGAUUUGGGGGUUGAAAGCUAAUUGUACACGCAAUGGGGAGGGGGUUGUCAAAAAAAGUGUGUGUGCAAUAUUGGGGAUAGAGGUUAGAAGAAUUCACUUUUUGCAUACGUACUAUAUAGAUGGACCCUCGCGUUUGCUUGGAUGCUGUAUGACGUAAUUUUAGGACAGAUUUAUUAUUUACGACUGAACCGCAGCGAAAAUUUGUGACAAUGUUAGGAGUUUGAGGGUAAACAGGUCUACACUCUGUGCAAAUUAGUUAAUGCUUAGCACAAAGUAGGGGAAAACGUAUGCUAUGGACCAUUAGAGUAUGAAGAUGCAAGAUGAUUGGUUGUAAAGGGUGUAUAAAAGUGUUAGCGACAAGAACAUGGUGUUCAUGCUAUGUGCCAACACAUCCGUUAUGUCGUUUUGUCCUUUUACAGGCUUUACCCUACCUUGUGCUACUUAUUUCCUUUAAAUAACCCAAUUGCAGUAUGUCCCCCCCCCAGCCCCCCCCCUUCCCAAUUAUGCUUGCAAAUUAGUACUCAGGCACACACAGUUAGCAGUCACAGCUUGACCCCUGUUUCUUCCUCAGGUCAAUCAGCCACAAUUGAAACUCUUUAAAGUGUCAGGAAGUCCCAUUAAAAUGCUAGCUUAUCUGUAUCCCAUUAAUUAUAUUUAUUCAUAUUGCCAUGCAGCAAAUUAAAUACUGUUUAAUCUUUCUUUCUCAGAUACGAAAAAUUGAAGAUGCAAGGUUGACAUAUGAGAGACUGGUAGAACAAUUCCCUAAUGCUGGAAAGUACUGGAAGAUCUAUAUCGAACAUGAGGUUUAUUAUAUUUACUAUUCUAAAAGCUUAAUUUCAAGAAUAAAUGAGUUACAUUGUCUUGCACAAGGUAACUCAUUUGUGAUAAACAUAAAAAGGGGAGACUCUUCUUAUUUUGAUACAUUUUUUUUAAUGUAAUCGGUUUGGCUUAUACUUGUGUAUAUUUGAAAACAAUUUUAAAUAAUUAUGAAUAAAAAAGAACAGGUAGCUUAUUUUGUUAAUUCUUAAAAUCACAAACAUUCUUGGAAUUAAGCACCUUUUUAUAGUGUAUAAAGUAUAUGGUAAUUAUUGAAACGCUUCUUCUAAAGAAUUUUGUUUAUAAAGUAGAAGUUUUCAAACAAUCACGUGUUUGACUUUUUAAUUGGGUGGGGUGUGUUGUGUUUUUUCUUGAUAAUGAAUUUUCUUUUUCAGCUGUUUCAUUCAAUGAAAUGAAAAUUUGUUUUUGUAUGUGUUAAAUUACUUAAAUAUUUUAGAUUUGCACAUUUACAUAUUAUGAAGUAAAGAGAUAUUUUUUAGUAGUUAAUAGUUUAUUUAUGUAUGAGUAUUCAAGGAUAAAAAGAAUGUGUGCAAGAAUCAUUCAACUGAGUUUGACUUGUUUUUAUGCACAUCAUUUCAUUGUUUUGAGUUUGAGUUUCCGUCCUGUGUCCUCUAGUAUAAUUAUUGUUUCAUCAUGCUAAAUAGUACCGGUACCAACAAACAAUGCAGUUUUUUUUAUAACAUUCUCAGUAGAUCACUUAAUUUUUCUCACAAAAACAACAAAUGAGAAAAAAAAAUUAUUUUGUGUAAAAAUUGUUGCUAAUAACUGAUAUGUACAAUUUAAACUAAAUCCAAAUAAAUUUGCCACCUGUUCCAAUGGUUUGCAGGUAAAUUUAGCAGAUUUUAUUGUUUUGACAAGGGGGAGGUUUAUUACAAAAAAUAGGGUCACUGGCUUUGAAAUUAUAGUAAAUAGAAAACUUAUGGUGACUAAUUUAUCAAUUGUGGAUGGUGCAUGUCAACCUGAUAGUAGGGGUUAGCUUUAAAAACAUUUUAUCCAUUUUGUUUGUUGAAAAAGCACAUUAUUUUUCUUUCUUUGUUCACUUAGAUUCCAUUUUUAUAAUUCAUUCCCAAUGAACUAUUCUGGUGAAAACCUAAUUGGUCAGAAAACUUCAUGUGGAUACGUCAAAUUACUGGUACCGGUAGCCAUAACAUACACACAAAAUUACAAAAUAAUCUGUCAAUGAAACAAAUGUCCAUUGAUCAACAUAUGCAAAAUUCGACUUAUAAAGUACUUUUAUAAAUUUCAUUCCCUAAAGGAAUGUAAUUUAAAAAAAUUAACAGAUAUGUUAACUUGCCUCACAAUAAAUGAAUGAAAAAAUACUAAGAACUCAAUUCAUGGAAAUAUGAAGAAUAAGCUAUGUACACAUAUAAAUAUAAACAAAAUAUAUUUUACAUCAAAAGCUCUCCCAAGCUGCUACAAAAAAAAAAUCGUAAAUAUUGCUUCUCAGAUCUGAAAAGGAUUUACAAUUUGAAUUUAUGAAUUUAAUGUUGAGUACUUCAAGGUGGGUUGACUGAUGGAGCAGAUUGUUUUUUUAUGGGGCAUAGGGAAUAAUUUUGAUAUCUUUUCACAAAGAGACCAAAAUUAUCUGUGAAGAAAUAAUACUAAUACAGAAAGAAAUGUUGCAAAGAUAAUUUAUAUCAUGUCUUAAUAAUACAAACUAUGAAGCUAUGAAUAAAAAAAAGAAUAUAAAUACAUUGAUGCUGAAAAUAAAUGCUUGGAAACUGGACAUUUUUUAAAAGGCCUAAUAUCCCUCCUCCCUGAUUCUUCUUAAUAAGUUUUCCUUUUUUUUUUUAAAGUUCAAUAAUUUUUUUUCCAAUUAUGCAAAAAAUUGCUGUGCAGCAAAUAUCUUUGUUUUAAAAGUGUGUUCUCCAGCUGUAUACAAAUACAGCUAAUUUGGCUCUACAUGUGUGUUUUGCAUUUGAAUAGAUAGUUAUUGUUACAUUUUAAACACAUGUUGUAUCUAAAUUGCAUUUGUACAUUUAAUAUAAGAAAUAAAGCAUUGCUUAUUUUCAAAAGGGGUUAUUUUGACCUUGUUUAUUGCCAUGGUUUGUUUCAGCUGAAACUGAAGAACUUUGAGCGUGUGGAAAAGGUUAGUAAACAAAGCGUAGUGAUGUGAAUGCUAAAAUUAAGUUUGGAACAUGGAUGAUUCCUUGUGCACUUUGUGAAAGGAGUCUGUUUAAUAAGCUCAAUAGAAAAUUCAGCUGCAUUGUAAUUAUUGAAGAGGGAUUUCUCCAAAGUUAAAAUAGGCCUCUGGAUUAUUAUAUCAGUGCUUGAUUAGUUACCAAUUUUAUUAAAUGCUGCAUUGAGGAAACAAGAGAAAACUUUGGAUUUAAGUUUAUUUUAUAUAUGUGGACAUAAUGAUAAAUUAUGAAUGUUUUCAGGAGUUAGGAAUUGUUUUUAUUACUGUAUUUUAACACUCCUUUAGUAUAUUAAUCAGUAACAUUAAGUUCACAUAAGGGAAUAACUAAAGAGAUUGGGGACAAUUAUUUUUAUAGAUAAACGAAAUUUUAUAUCUUAUGACAUAUGCAAUAACUUUAAUAAAGAGAUAUUGAAGUGCUCCAGUGUUUGUCUAGUCUGUUUUCAAAGUAGCUCCCUUUUAUGGAGUGAUAUCUUGUUAAUUUAUAUAUAUGUUAUUGCCAAAAUAAUGUAAUUUAGAUAAGGAAUAAAAUAGUUUCUUUAAUAAAAAUUAAUUUUAACACAUCAUCUCUUGCACAUGCUAGAAACUUUUUGCAGUUAAAUUCUUGUAUCGGUGCUUACAAUUACUGUAAAAACAGUGCGUCCUGGAAAUUGAUAUUUUUUCUUCCUAAAUUCAUGGAUUAGAUUUUUUUAUAGUGUAUAUGGCUAUGCAAAGGCGUAUAUUUCACCACAACCACCAAUGUCAUCUCUAAUUCAAUUUGCCUUGUCUGCGCUUUGGAUCUACAUUACUCCUUUACUUAAAUGACACACAGUUGUUUCAAAGAUGCCUCAUUAAAGUGCUCAACAUAGAACUAUGGAAACUCUACUUGACUUACAUUAAAGAAACUAAAGGAUCACUACCUUCCUACAGGUAUUUCAUUAUUCUUCUAAUGAUUAGCAUUGUGCUACCAUUAUGAUUAAAAAUAGUUUUAAUCAGUUUAAUCUACAAUUUAAGAAAGAUAAUAUAAUAGCAUUAUAACUUACGUCACAAAACCGUGUUAGUGCAUGAAAUUAUAUAUUAUAAUUGAGACUUUUUUUUCUUCUACAGGGAAAAGAUGGCUCAAGCAUAUGAUUUUGCCCUUGAAAAAAUUGGCAUGGACAUCAUGUCAUAUCAGAUCUGGGCAGAAUAUAUCAGUUUUCUCAAGUCGGUGUAAGCAUUUGAUUUUGAAAUUUAAUUAGUUAUUCUAUAAAUAGCCUUUUAACAUCUUGAUUAUAUUGAUUUCUUACUGUGUGGUUGGCACUGAAAUAAACUUGCUUUUGGUUGAUUAAAAUUUUGCGAAAAUAAUGCAUAGUCAUAAAUUACUAUUAUUGUUCUUAAAAGCAAUUAAAUAUUCUAAAUUGUCUUUAUAUCAAAUUUCAACGAAUUUUAUAAAUGAAAGAAAUCAUACCUAUAUUACAGUGAUGCAAAUUUGGGUUACUAAUAUACCAAUAAAGCAAGUAUUGAAGACUCAUGUUGCUAAAAUAUUUAGAAUUUAUUUACUUUCUUAUGAACGCGUCUCAUUUUUGUUAACAAUGCAAAUCAUAUUCAGCCUUCAACUCUCUCUUGCUUGCGGACAAAUUCUUUUGUGCACUUUAUUGGAAAUAAACACAGACUCUUUGAGGCUCAUUUUUUGUUAUCAUUUCAAUGCCAAAACUAAGUUUGUAGUCCAACCUCUAUUGGACUGUGAUUGAAUGCUUAUUAUCUCAGGGGUUCUUAACCAGGGAGGCAGUGUCAAAAGUUGCAGGAUGGUUUUUCUAAAAAAAAAUUUGAAGCAAACACUAAAACUGAAAAGGGAAAGAACUAGAAUUAAAGUCAAUUAAAAAUGAAAAACUACUAUUACCGAAUUAUUUUCAUAUCUUUUUUUUUCUUUUGUGUGAGUGGGAGAAAAAAAAUAAUUAAAUCAUGGGGCAUAAUGGUUAAUAACCCCUGCUCUUUCUGGUGUUUUGCUUGGUCAUUGGAUGCCAGGAGGCUGCAUCGAAUAAAUAAUGUAAACUUCAACUAGCUGAACCAGGUAUUCUAAAAUAUAUUGCUUGAUUUUACUAACUAAGGAUUUUCUUAUCAUAAAAAUUGUUACCUGAUUGAGAUUGUUAAAACAUUUUUUACAGUGAAGCUAUAGGGUCUUAUGCCGAAAAUCAGCGAAUAACAGCUGUAAGAAAAGUCUAUCAAAGGGGUGUUACCAAUCCCAUGAUUAAUAUUGAAUUGUUGUGGAAAGACUACACUGCCUAUGAAAAUGUAUGUUGCAAUAUUAUUUAUUGAUCUUUUGAUGUUUACCACAAAUAAAUCUAUUUUUAUUGCUAUAUAUUUUACAAUAAUUGCUCCCCCUUAUCUCAGUUCAAUUUAACUCAUUUCAUAAUAUUACUUUGAAGGAUGUUUUUCAAAGACUACAAUAUAAUUGCUAAAGAGUGUAUGAUAUUUUGAUUAGUGGAACCAAUGAUCGUUUUCAAAAUUAAGGCUGUGAAGUUUACAACUUUAACUCCAUUUUAGUCUAAAGUGAACUUUUGGGCAUUGCUUAUAAUACUUAUUUCAAAUACAGAGCAUCAACAAUCUGAUUGCUAAAAAAAUGAUAGAUGAUAGAAGUCGGGAGUACAUGAGUGCCAGGCGAGUUGCUAAAGAAUAUGAAGUGGCCACGAGAGGCUUGGAUAAAAAUGCCCCAUCAGUCCCUCCACAAAACUCAUACAAUGAAUCGAAACAGGUAUAAUUUUAUGUCAAUAAUUUACUUAUUUCUACAUUUGCCAUCAAUAGAAAAAAUUUCAUUAGUACCGGUAAAUUAUGCCUUCUCUUAUUUUUUUAUUCAAGAAUAUUUUUUAUUGGAUUACAUUUUAAUAGGGCAUAACCAAUAAGCAUUGUCUAACAACAUAUCUGGAUUUGUAGCAUAGCUUUGUUUACCAUGCCAUCUGCAAUCUAAAAAGGAGGUUCAUAUGUUACUGUCAAACUGUAACCUCAUAAGGAUGACAUUCAUCUCUUCAUUGCAUAAUUUGCAUUGAAAAUAUAUUGUACAAAAAAAAUGCAGAAAUUGAUACAUUUUAAAAAUUGAAUAUUAUGUUGGAGGUCAUCAAAUGGAACCAUUUUCUUUGUUAUAAAAUGAUGUUCAAAGACUUUUCCCCUUUUCAAAGUUACUGUUAGAAUAUUGUGUUAGAGAAAAUAACUAGAAAAAGAUCCAGGAUGCCUAGAUUUAAAUAUGAGCUUUUAAGAAAGUUAAUAAUAGUUUGAAUUAGAUGGUCCAGUAUUGUCCAUCUUACGGACUCGGAACUUUACAUUUUUUGGAGAAAUUCAAUGUAAUUUUUUAAAAUCGAUUUUAAUCUACAUUAUAGCAAAAGGUGGUAAAUAUUUAAACAUUAGGUAGAUUAAUUAUAACUUAUUAGUUCAAUUUUUUAAUUUUAUGUUGGAUUCUGUUUGCCGUGUUAUUUUUAAAAAAAAUUAAUUUAAUUCAAUUAAUUUUUUUCUUUUUUUUUUAAAAAAUUAUAUAAAUCCAUUUUUUAGGUUGAGCUUUGGAAGAAAUAUAUUGCAUGGGAAAAGAAAAAUCCUUUGCGAACUGAGGAUCAAACAGUUAUUACUAAGAGAGGUUCGUUAGCUAAGAUCUUAUUUAUUUAUUGACUAUAAAAUAGCUGACAAUCCUGCGCUGUUUAAUAAUUUAAUUAAAACUCUUUUCUUCUUUAAUGACAUGGUUGGACUUCUUGUGUUUAUUCAAAAUAUUAAACUAUUUAAUUCUGUCUAUGCCAUGUCAUCUUUCUAUGCAAUAUUAUUUUAGGUCACAUAGGGUCUAAGGCAGUUAAUGAGAAAUGGAAAAUUUAAAUUUGUAUUUUAAAAGUUCAAAUCAUGGUCAAGGGCCUACUAUCUUAACUAUUCCAUUCUGAACCAGAUAUAUUACGUAAUUCAACAAAUGACAUUAAACUAUAAGAUUGUGUUUUGUUCAGAAUAUACAUGAAGCAUACAUUUCUUGCCACAGACAACUUCAAAAUUGUAAAUUUGAAAUUUAAGGCAGUAUAGAAUAUUACAACAGUAAUGAAAUAAAUUAGUAAAAACUAAACCAGAAUUAUUUGGGUUUUUUUAGCAUUGGUCCAAUUAAUUAUAUAUAGAAAAGUUUUACAAUUAAUUAGUUUACCCCAUCUAAUCAGGAAAACACCCAGACAGCCUAGAAUAUAUCUCAUGCAAUUUACAAAUAACCAUCUCCAAUGAGAGGUUAACUAAAGUGAGAGGACAGUUACAGUAAAACAUAUUUAAAAAAUAUUUAAAUAUUACAGCUGUCAUUGAAACAUUUUAUUAUUUAAUUUUGCUAUUUUUACUGUUUUAUAAAAAAAUAUAAUUGUAUCUCAUUGUGUUUCUAUAAGGUCAGAUUUUACAAAAACUAUUUUUAAUCUCUUUUAAUAAAAAAAAUUUUCAGUGAUGUUUGCUUAUGAACAGUGCUUGUUAUGUCUGGGUCACCAUCCUGACAUUUGGAUUGAAGCGGCAUCAUAUCUUGAUCAGUCCAGCAAAAUUCUAAUAGAAAAGGGGGUAAGUUGAAAUUCAAGAGCAUUAAUUCAGUAAUAGAUCCAAAAACAUUGCUAUAAUGAAAAUGAGUGAUCAAAAUAAAUUAACUCAAUAGCUGUUCCAUUUGCUGUUAAUUGAUUUUCAUGCAACUAUUUAGUAACUAUUCCUUGUUGGGGUCUAUGAUGCAGCCAAAUACUCCAUUACUUGUAGUGUAAUUUAUGUUUGUAACUAAAAUAAGCAAGACUUUUCAAAGUGUACCAAUUGUUUCUACUGAAAAUUACAUAAAUUAUCUGGUAAUUGUGUAUGAAUUUGUAAAGAUAACUAAUACUUCAAAACUAAAACUCAUCAUAUAAAGAAAUUUUAAAAUAUUUUUUUCAGGACCAAAAUGCUGGAAAACUUUUUGCUGAUGAAGCUGCAGCUAUCUUUGAAAGGGCUAUCAACUCACUAAUGAAAAAGAAUAUGCUCAUUUAUUUUGCUUAUGCAGAUUUUGAAGAGGUAAUAAAGUCUUCUUGUAAUUUAAAUUCUUCACCUUCUACAUCAUUAUGUCUCUAUUUUAAAUUUAGCCAUCCCCAUAUUAAAAAAAAAAAAUUUAAUUUAAAUAUAAAGCUUAAAUUAAGAAUGAACUCCAAGUUGAACAAAUACUUUGUUCGAAAUAUAAACAUUUCAGUGACUUUAUUUCAAUUCAGAAAAGAACAAAAAAAGCUUACAUGACCAUUUUGUCACCAUUUAUCAAGUUUAUUAAAUUUUACAUGAGAAUUUGAUUAUCUUUAGAGAGCUUAUUAAUUUUUAAGAUCAGUAAUUUAUAUUGUAUUGUUUCCCCUUAUAUUUUAUCUAAAAAUAUUGUAUUAAAGCAUUGCUCAUCAAAGCCUCUUAAAUCCUUGAGCAAUAGAUUUAUUAAACUUAUUAAGAGGACAAUAACAAGACUGAUGCCAAAGGUUGAAAAUUGCUAUUAGUUUUCAUUGUCAUGCAUAAAAUAACGUUAAUAACAAAUUUAAUUUUUAAACUUUCAAAAAAAAAAAAAUUCUAACAGGGACGCAUGAAAUUUGAAAAAGUUCAUCAAAUAUAUAAGAAAUUCCUUGACGUGGAGGAAGCAAAACCUACUUUGGUAAAUGUUAACAUUUUACCAUUAAAUUAACUAAGCUAAAAACCAUCUAUAUAAUUUUCCUCAAAAAAUUUUUUAAAGCUUUAAUGCUUAUCUUUUAGAUUCCAUGAAAAAAUCUUUGCUGAGUGUUUGGAAAAUUAUCUUACCUUGAAAAAUGAGAUAUCUAUAUGCAAUUUAUAACUACUAUUAUCUUUAUUAAAGUAAGAAACAUGUUUGGUAAUCAAUUACAUAGUAAUAUUUUUAAUCAGAAAUUUUAAACCAAGGACUGCAUCAUACUUUGUCUCUUUUCUUUCAAAAAUUGAAUGAAGGCUUACAUACAAUACAUGAAGUUUGCUAGGAGAGCCGAGGGCAUUAAAUCAGCGAGACUUGUGUUCAAAUCAGCAAGAGAAGACAAAAGAUCAGAGUAUCAUGCUUAUGUUGCUGCUGCAUUAAUGGAAUACUAUUGUAGCAAGGUAAUCAAUUGCCUACUUAUGCAAUCUUAUAAUGAUACAUCUAAAAGAAAAAUUGUAAUGUAAAAUGGCUGUUCCAGUGCUAUAAGUUUUAAGAAAUAUUAGUUAUAACAUAUUUUAGAAAAAAGUAAAUAUCUUUUCGUCAUUCAUUCUUAUUUUUUAAAUUUUUAUCAAAUCAUCGUUCUUAUUUUUAAAUUUUAUCAAGUCAUUUAUUUUUAUUUUUUACACUCAGGAGAAAAAUAUUGCCCUUAAAAUAUUUGAGCUUGGUUUAAAACGGUAUGGAGACAACCCAGAAUAUGCAUCUUGUUACAUAGACUUUAUGUCACAUUUGAAUGGUAGGUUUAGACCAGUGUUUGGAGGAUUUAAAUACUAUCUAUACUAAAUGCAGCAAAGUCGUAACUUUCAUAAAUUAUGAAAUAAUUCAUAUAAAAAAUGUGUAGUUAACAAAAUAUGUUCUUUUAGAAAUACAUUAAAUUAGAUCACCAAAACUAGUUGACAUAUACACUUGAUUACUUUUGACAAGUAAAAGAUACUAGUACAUCUAGAGUGCGUAACAUUGAGGGGGAAAAAAUGGAUUACUUUAUAUAAAUAUACAAAUAUUUUAAAAGGACUUAUUCUGAAAAAAAAAUGAAUUCUUUUAAAGUGAAGAAAAUUACAGAGAAAAUCAUUUUGCUUCUUUUCUCUUUUUUCCUUCUUAAAUUGAGGGGUAAACAAACUGGUUAUCCUUGUAUAGUUCAGGUAAAUCGUUAUUGUCUAAAGGUUAAAUAGAUUUGUUUCAAUCUGAUUUAUCACUAUAGAGGACAAUAACACAAGGGUUUUGUUUGAGAGAAUCCUGUCUUCUGAACACCUGCAACCUGAAAAGUCUACGUAAGAUAUAUAUUUAGAAUAUUAAGUCAUUUAAUAAUAAUAUAAUUAUAUCAUUUGUAAAAACUUGGAAAAAGUUAACAAUACCGGUAAGUUUUAAUAAAUUUACAAUAUGAAUAUAAUCAGAUGUUGUGUUAAAAAUUUUGUUAUAUAAAUAUAAAAGAUACCUAUAGCAGACCUGUUUACCCCCAAACUCUUAAAAUGGUACAAUGUCAUCACAAAAUCGUUCAAUACAUUACCUUAAUAGUAAAAAAUAAACAUAAAGUAUAUAUAAUGUAUACACCUCAAAAUCGUACAUUGAAUGCCAAAAUCGUAAUAGUAAACAGGUCUGCUAUAGAGUGUUGCUAUUAUUAUUUUUAAAAUGACUUUGCCACUUAACUUUUAAGAUACCGGUAAUAUAACCAAUUUCUCUAGUGAUUAAAAGAUUGCUUCAAGUGAGUUGAUGAACACUUUUGUUUAAAAAUAAUUUCAGGGAUAUCUGGAGCAAAUUUUUAUUGUUUGAAUCUCAAGUUGGAGAUUUAGCAAGUAUUGUUAAAGUUGAAAAAAGAAGAGCAUCAACUUUAGAAAAGGUAAUUUAUUUUUAUGGAAAAUAUAAAAGAGGGUCACAAAAGCUUGAUCAGUUUGAGCUCAGUUGAAAUAUAAGAUUUGAAUUAAACUCCAUACUGUGUAUUUCAAUUGAAAUAGUUGGAUGUUAUGACCCUGUUUCUGUAUAAAAUGUUGACUAUGGUUACAGCCUUGAUCUUUUAUUUAUCUGCUACUUUGAUUUCACUUUCUCUCAUCUCGCACUAAGCUCUGACAGUCAUAGCUCAUCUCUAUCUACUGUGGUCUCCUGACUAUCCUCUACUCCUUUCCGGCUGAGUUCUUUCUAGUCCUGUCUUACCGUCCCCUUUUAUAAGUCCCCAAAUUGGUCAUGGCGUCUCUAGAGAUUCCUUCCCAGAGCUAAUCUAUUUCUACAUCUCUGGUACUAAAAUUUUCCUAACACUUCCCUCCAUCUAAAUGGACAUUAACUAGCCACUAGUGUCACUAUAACGGUGGUACUAGUGUCAUGUGAUACCCUAUGACAGUUGGUCAGUCUUCGUUCUGUGGGAUCCCCCACCCCUGUACCACUCAGGUUGGCUACCCAGGUAUGGACUCUUCACAGUACUGACAAGACAUCAAUAUCAUAUAGUACACAACUCCGUCAUGGGGACUAACAUCUUAUGCAACAAAGACUCGGCAUGACUUCAAUAGCAACACACACCUAGCUACUGUGCAUCAACUACAGCUAACUGAACUCAAUGUAUACUAACUCUCAAUCAACUGCACUAAAUACUGCCACCCCAUGUUUCCACAGCAUUUAAACAACUCCCUUGUUUUUAUUAACCUUGCAUAACCCAACCAGUCACAACUUGCCCUCACAAAACCUCUCACCAACUCACGAUCAACAAAUUUCAUACACAAUCAGACCCACAAAUCCAGUUCAUAACAUUGGACUACUUAAAUAAACCAGAUUGAAAUUUUGUAAUUUGCAAUUGUAUUACAUUGAUCCACUAUGUUUUAAUUACCGGUACUUUCUAUAAACAGAUCCAAGCAUUUAAUGAAAAGGAAACAGCACUUUUAAUAGACAGAUACAAGUUUUUAGGAUUGCUUCCUUGUGCUGACAAUGAGCUGAGGGCCAUAGGAUACUGGGUAAGAAAGCAUUAACAGGAGCGCAAAAAAUAUUUUACAGGACAAAAAUCAUAAAAAAGAUUAAGAAUGUUUAAGGAUAAUCGAAUUCACACAAGAUAAUAAAAUUAUUUUUAUCAUUAUGAAUUGAAAAUUCUAUAACUGACUAUUGGUUUGCUAAACAACAAUUAAACUAAAAAAUAUGCAAGAUAUAAAUUUUAAUCAUGUCUAAUUUUUUUAUUUUUUUUUUAAAUAAAGAAAUAUUUUGCUUAAAACAUCAAUAAAUCCUUUUGUCAUUUUUUUUAUUUGAUAAUAUCGAUGAUAUAAAUUUAUUUUUAACCCAGACAUUAUUAUUUUUUUUUUCUUUUUAAGGAUUUAGUUAAACAUCAUGUAUUGCAAUUACCUACUGGUGGUGCAAAGCAGGUGCUUUUGACAGCCGCUGAGGAUGAAGAUGAAAAAGCUAAGCGGCCAAAGUUCCCAGCACCCGACAUAGAUCAGAUGUUGCCCUUUAAACCAAGAGCUAUUGUCCGUAAGUUUGCAAGGCCUUGCUGUAGAAAUUACCUAUGCUGGCACCAACUGCAACACUUUUUACCAUUAUGAUUAUAUUUUUAACUUUUUAAUUCCAAGAAUAACUGUUAUUAUUUGUGGGUAAUUAAGCUCCAUGUUGCUAUUUUAUUAAAAAUUAGUUUUUUAAAACUAACAUUCAUGCGUCACAUUUCGUGGUUAAUUCAAAUAAAUAUUUUUGCACUGAAUGAAAGAAAGCACACAAUUUUUUUUCCUUAAAAAUGGUUUUGAAAUGUAUAGUGUUUUUUUAAUGUUUGGUGUUAACUCAAAAUAUCUCUAUUUUAAUGCUAGUUUUGGAGAUAAUUUUGUUUUGCUUGCCUGUGGCUAUCCAAUAAAACAAUCCAAAAUACUUUUAUUACAUAUAAAUACCAAUAAGACAUAAGCAAUAAUUUGAAGUAAAACUAAAGUAACAAUUGAAAGAUAGAUGUUGAUAGUACAAAUAUAUGUUACAAAUUUUAAACUUGGCAAAAUAUUUUGCGAAAGUUAAAACGCUUAGAGCUUAUUUAAACAACCAAUAUAGGCAGGAUUUUCUGGACAAAUAUUAAGUUUUCUAAACAUCCAAACGCAAAUGAUUUGUUAAUACUGGUAAAGCCUAUAUUUUAUUUUAUUUUUACCAUCUGUUCACUAUUGAGAAAGAUAAAAAUUAGAAAUUAUGCUGGCCUUGAGAUACCGGUACAUUUCUUAAGGUUUCUACAACUGAAAUAGUGGCAACCUGACAGGCUCUAUGAUUAUUUCCCUGGGACGACUGGUUCGGACCUGGAGGCGACAGGGGUGGGGGUAGCGACCGACUGAUCAAAGGGGCGGGCGCGUAAGAUUACAGAUCUGGGAAAGAAACUCUAUGGGCUUGGGACUUAUAAAUAGGGACCUCUGGACAGGACUGGACAGAACUCGGCCGGAAAGAGAAGCGGACAUUCAGGGAGAGCUCCGACGGUAGGAGAAGAGGGCAGUCAGAGUUGCGAGAUGAGAGAUAACAUACCUGUUAUAGAGUAUAUCAACAUUAAGUGUGAAAAAUUUUAAAACAUAAGUAUUUUCAAUCAUUUUUUCAUUCAUUAAUCAUCUUUUUUAUUUUCUAAGCUACCGGAGCCCAUCCUGUGCCAGGUGGAACAUUUCCACCCCCACCUGCUGCUGCAGUUUUAUUGCAGUCAUUACCUCCACCAGAAUGUUUUCAUGUAUGUAUUAUUGAUGGUGUUUUUAUAGAGAAAAUUAAAUUCUCUAUACCUCACUGUAAAAACACUAAAUUAUAAGACAUAUAUUUAAUUAAAAUGAAGACUAAUUAUCAAAUUUAUUUGUUUGCAAUUUGUGGGUUUAAAAAGAUAUUUCCUUAAUUUGUAUUUAAGUUGUUUCAAAUGUUGAUUGUAUUACUAGUAUUACAAUAUUAACAGGCCAUAUAUUUAUAUAUACUAUUAUUUCUACAGGGCCCACAUGUUGUUAUUGAUAAACUGAUAGACUUCAUGCGCCAUGUCAAGCUACCUGACAGUAAGUAAAAGUGUUAAUAUAUUUGCCUAAUUUGUGUGUUAGGUCACUUGUGGCUACUGUAAGCUUAAAUUAACUUAAUUUUACCCUGGGCUAUGGCCCCUCUGCUCCAAUACCUUACAAACUGCACACAAAAAACAUCAGAUAUCAGAAGUACUGAUAGUUGAAUAACCUAGCUAAUAAUUGCAAAUGCUUGACCACUUAUGCAAGGACAGCUAUCUUAAAAGCAUGCAUUGAUAAAUAAAUCAAAUGGGAAAAUUUCUUUUUUUUUCUAUGGUGAUGAACAGGAUAGUCAAAUUCAACAAUUUAAUUUUAGUGCUGUUUCCUUAGUGGUUUUUUAACUACCAGUACCCAGAGUCAGAAUUCUGUUUUCAUUCUGCUUAUCAACGAAGCAGUUGUACAUGACAAAUUGUAUCUUGAGUAACUUUACUUAGUAUUUAAAGAAAGUUUUUGUAAGGUACUAAUUCAUGUUCCUUGACUUCAACAAUAAUUAUUAUUUAUUAAAGGACCUGUUGGCGAGGAAAAUGGAAAAGAUGGGGAUUUUCGUCUUGAUCCUGGCACUAAACUGUCCAUUGAAAUUGCUAGUGGUGCUCGUAAAAGAAAAAUAACAGAGAAUGAAAGUGAUGAUGAAGAUACAGAGAUCAAUCCAGCAGCACCAGUUAAUGAUAUUUAUCGAGCUAGGCAACAAAAGAAAGUUAUAAAAUAAAUUGAAGUACUUCCUUUUAUAGUGUCACAAUGAUUAUGAAUUAUAUUUAAAAGUUACCAUUUUAAUGCUAUGUGACAAAAAUUUAAUAUUUGUUGUAAAUUGUUUCACUAUAAAUGUACAAAUUAAAAUAUUGAGAUUCAUAAAAGUAUGGAAUAUAUCUUGUUCCUUCUGAUAUGUUGUUCCGCUUGGCUAGUAUGUUUUUUUUUUGUAGCUAAGCACAUUAAAACCAUAUUUAUACAUACACUUUACAACGCAAAUAAAUGAAAUGAUAAAUAACUCUAAAAAUUAUUUUGUUUUAAUGGUAUAAACAUAUUUUUAAUCAAUUUCCAAUACAUGGAUGUGAAUUAGUGUGAAAAGAUGUUAAAAUUGUGGUGGAUGUUUAUUAAAAAUCAAUGCAUUUUUUUUAAAGAACAU